GGUCAGAGGUAGAGCAGCGAACAGAUAUGGAAACUGUCCGUGGUGAAGGUAUUUACAGAUGCAAAUUGCUGUAACAUCAUUGUAGAAAGCAAACGGGGAAAAGAACCUGCGGAGACCACAUCCAGCCCAGACUGGGGGGAGGUGACAUGUGGCCAAUACGUCACAUGGGUUGUCAAGCCACACGUGGAAGUGGCGCGGUGUUAUGGAGGAUUCUGAGACAAAGGAGUCUUUAAGAUGGACAGAGAUGACCAGAAGAACACAGACCACAGAAGAUGUCAUCAACCCUUGCCUAACAGUCUCUGAUGUGACUCAGAACAAGCUGAAAGAGACCGAUGAGAUGGACUUGGACACUGUUAAGCACAAUUCAGAGAGCAGGAGCUCACUAGAGAGGUCUCAAAACAACAUCAAGAGCCAUAGUCUCUCAUUAGAUCAAGGCACUUUUUCUGGCCUUGUGCCAUCUGGGCCCAGUCCUUUUCUUCUUGCUUCACUGCAGUCCCUUAUUGAAGAUAAUGAUCACAUGCUCCUUCCUCAUUCCUUACACCAGAUAGCAGAGGCCUACUUCCUUGAAAAAGAUUAUCAGUGGGCAGUGGAGUUUCUCCAACUAGAGAAGCUGUACCAUGAAAGACUACUGUCUAAUCUGGCAUCUAUACAGGAGCAAUGGGAGUCCCAGUGUAGGGUUGGUGUCCAAACCAAAAGUAUCUCCCCUUUAAACGCUAAUGGAAUGGACAGAGAGAGAGAGCAUAUGGAAUCGUUGAGUCAUUUCUGCAGAACACAUCAGAGACCUAAUCUUCCUGCAGAAAAGAAAAUGUUGCAAAAUAGCCCACCCCAUGUGACAGAACAUAGAGGCUCAAAACAAGAACAAGCUUUAGUCAACUCAAGCGGGAGAGAAAACUGGGUGGAAGCCAAACAGGUGCCAGAAGAAGACUGUGAAGAGGAGGAUGAGGAAGAUCUUGAGGCCGAUGAGUGCUGGAAUGAGGAUCUUCAGGAGGAGGUAGAGAUUGGUAGCCAGGGUCCUGUGGAUGAGCUGGCCAAACUCAUUCAGGUAGAGGAGAUGUUUCCCUCAGAUGGCUUAGUAUCUAUUUUAAAGAAGAGAGUUUGUGUAAGAGGAGCAGAGAGUCUUAAUUCUGCUCCAGACAAAGAUUUGACUAUGCGCAAAGUCCGCUUCAGAGAGCCCGAUGAUGCCUUCGAUCAAGAUGAGUCGGCUAGAAAAUCUUGCCUCGUCCUUCUACUCUUGUGUCUGAUUACCGUGGUAAUAAGCAUAAGUGGGACUGCUCUGUAUUGCCUCAUUGGAGGGGCGUACUCAAACGUGUGUGUCGACUUCUCUCAUAAUGUACACUUUUACUUUGGAACUAUACAACGAGGACUGGAUGCUCUCACACAAUGGCUCUCUUCUGGUGCAUCAUAGUAGUUUUUUUCUGCCUUAAAUGGAUCUCUUUCUUUACAUUGUAAUUUCUUUGGACUGUCACUGGGCAGACAACAGCAUUCAUCUGAGAUUGUUAUGCACUUAUGCACAUUACCAGUCUGGCCUUAAAGGUAUAGUUUACCCAAAAAUGAAACUUCUCCCAUCAUUUACUCAUCCUUAUGUCAUCCCAGAUGUGUAUGACUUUCUGUCUUCUGCAAAACACAAACAAAGAUUUUUAAAAGAAUGUUUCAGCUAUGAUGGUCCUCACAAUGCAAGUGAAUGGUGACCAAAACUUUGAUGGACCAAAAGGCAGCAUAAAAGUAAUCCAAAUCUUCUGAAGCGAGAUUAUAGGUGUGGGUGAGAAACAGAUCAGUAUUUAAGUCCUUUUUUUAAUUGUAAAUCUACACUUUCACAUUCAGUCGACUACUGGUUGGGGCUGGUCAAAGGUUGGGAUUGAGAGUAAAAAAAGGACAUAAAUAUUUAUCUGUUUCUAAACCAUACCUUUCAUAUUGCUUCUGAAGACAUGGAAUUAACCACUGGAGUCGUAUGGAUUACUUUUAUGCCUCUUUAAAUAAUUUUUGGACCUUCUGAGUUCUGGUCACCAUUCACUUGUGUUGUAAGGACCUACAGAGUUGAAGUAUUCUUCUAAAAGUAUUCUUCAUUUGUGUUCUGCAGAAGAAAGAAAGUCAUACACAUUUGGGAUGGCAUUAGUGUGAGUAAUUGAUGAGAGAAUUUUCAUUUUUGGGUGAACUAUCCCUUUAAUAAAUGUUUCUGUACUAAGCCUUAACAAAUCACACACAGCUUCCUUAUGUAUAAGCAGGCUAUAAGAUACUUGAUAUUGGUAUUAAAUCAGGCUUAGAGGGGUUGAUCUUAACAUAUCAGUGCCAUUCCUAUGCAACAUAACUACAAAAAAGAACUGCCUCUAGAGCCAGAAACUCUUAAACUCUAAACACUACAUCCCAUGCUUUUAUGUAUUUACAUUUUUUUUUUUGAGAUUGAGUCUGAUUUGGCAAUUUUCAUUAGUGCUAUAACCACUGAAACUAAGAUAUCUACAUUUUUAAGACAAAAUAGUUGUAUGUAGCAUCAUUAACUCAUGGCACGUCAACACAGUUGGCUUUAUAUUUGACAAUUCAAAGCACACAUCUAAUAGCACUUGACAAGCCUAAAUAGUUAUCUGUACAAUAAUGAUGAUCAGUUCUAUGUUGAUUCUGUCAAUUAUGUGUGUUGCUACAUCACUUCCUCUGUGGUCUAGUGGAUUAAAUGAGGAAAACACUAUGGCCAUAUAUAAAACCAACAAGUAGUCUUUUUUUAUUAUCUAGUUACAAACAUGUUUUAAACAAUCAAACUGAUUGUGAGACUUUGUGUAAUCAAUUAUAGGGUCUUUAAAGGGAUAGUUCACCAAAAAUGAAAAAUAAUUUACUCACCCUCAUGUUGUUCCAAAAUGAAAUGUUAGACAGAAUAACAGCCUCAGUCACCUUUCACUUUUCAUUGGAUCUUUUUUAAUACAAAGAUGUAAUUAAAGAGACGUUUUUAACUAUCCCUUUAAAUUUGAAACCUUUUAGUGUUAUGAACAGAAUAUCAUCUGUUAUGUGGUAUAUUUUCUUGCUUCCUUUUCCAAAACAACACAUAUCUCUGAAUUAUUACUGGGAAUGUUUUACAUAUUAAAAGUCAUAAUAGGCUUGUACUGUAACUCUACCCAUGACAAUAGUGGAAUGGACCUCUUAAUGGAUGAAUAAUCCUAAUACAGUAGAUGGUACACCAGGAAAAGGAAUUGGCUCACAUAAUAAAUGGUACAAUGGUACAUGGUCAUUUAGGAGCAUUCCUCUUUGGAAACCAUUGUGUAACACCACAGACUGACUUAUAGCUAACUUAAUUUUAGAAUCUAAAGCAAAAAGCCUCUAACAAUGAAGCAUUAAGAUGUAUGAUAAAUAAGCAUUAAGUGAAUAAAUAUAUAAUUAUCGUGAAACUUUCAUGAUCAUUGCAUUGUCAUUAUUGCUGUUCAUGCCAAAAUUGCAAUUUGCUUACAUUUUCCAAUGUGAAUUAUCAUCAUCAUCAUCAUCAUAAAAAAAAGCAUUUCUUUAGGAGAGAAUAUGAAUUUGAUUGAUAUAUUAAAACCUGGUCAAUCACAUUCAUGCAGACAUUUGAAUCCCCUUUAUUGAUAUCAAUCUUCAGAUAUAUUUACUUAUACUGUAUAUGUAAUAUACUGAUGGACCAACAAAUUAUAAAUGUGCAGCAAAGGAAACCUAAUGUUCUUACCCUAUAUUGCAUUACCAUUGACUCUUGAUUAUUGCUCUCUUAGCAGCUUUCCAGCACAGGAUGUAUUCUUCCACAUUUUUAUAUUCAAACAAGAUUUAUGAUUGAGCUUUUCUUCCGAAUGACUUCUGCAGCAUUAGAUUCAGCUGAUGUUCAGUGUUGGUGUUAGGCAAGAGGAGACUUAAAUUCAGCUGUCAGAGCGAAACAAAUAAUUAGUCAUUUAUCCAAUAUGUGUUAAGCAAUUUUUUUUCUUCAGUUACAUUUGAACAUUUUGAAUAUAAUUAAUUAUGUAACACUAACAGAGCAUCAAAAAGCAUCUCCAUAAUAUAACGACAUAUUUUGUAUAUAAGAUGUUAAUGUGUAUUAUGCAGUACUUAAUUGCAUUGUAAAAUGAUCCCCAAAAUUACCAUUUAUUAAUUAAAAACCUUUUAAUAAAGGACCAUGAUAUUACCAUGUUGUUUGGACCUGUACUAAGAUAGUACCAUGGUUUUCUUUGAAGUACUAAAAACCAUAGUAUAUAAAUAUAUAUUAUUCAUUACUACCUUCUGAUGCCAUCAUUUUACCAUGGUACUUUUUUAAGGGUACUCGGAAUCACAACACACCUGGAAUUAUUUAUAAUUGGACAAAGGUGUUUUUUUGUUUAGGUUUACAUUGUAAUGGCCUGUACUGUCAUGCCUUGACAUGAGGUAGUUAGACUAAAGGAUUAGACCAGCUUUAGCAGAUUUUGUUUUGGCUUUUUCUGAUGAGAUUAUCCGAUGGGAUUACAGUGUUUGUGAAUAUUGUUGAUUAAAGGCAUAAUGUUUGGUCAAUCCCAUCAUAAUCUGAAAUUGCCUGUUCUGGUAAUUGAGAAUGUUAAAACGAUGCAUUGGGUUAUAGGGUAAACGUUUACAGUGGUAAACAACAUUUUGUACAUUAUGUCCUACAAGCCCAUAAAAGUAAUACAUUUAUGCUAAAAUACCUGUGAUUGUGUUUCAAUUUGGAUUUUUUUAAUUAUUAUUAUUAUUUGUAAGUAAUUAUUUUGAUUAUUUUACCAAUGUGUGGGUAAAGGACAACUGCAGAUUACUAAAUGUCUGAGAAAGUAUUAUUAAAUAUAUCUAUCUACUGUAUAUUAAAUGCAUUAUAUUAUAUCAACUGUAUAUUAUACAAAAAUAAAAUAAAAAUG